UAGACCGCCGGUCACGUGAAGCGGCCAGCUGGCGGCGCGGCAGCCAUGGGGCAGUGCGGCAUCACCUCGUCUAAGACUGUCCUCGUCUUCCUCAACCUCAUCUUCUGGGCAGCAGCAGGUAUUCUGUGCUACGUGGGAGCCUAUGUUUUCAUUACCUAUGAUGAUUAUGAUCACUUCUUUGAAGAUGUCUAUACACUCAUUCCAGCAGUCGUCAUCAUAGCUGUGGGGACGCUUCUGUUUAUUAUUGGACUUAUUGGUUGCUGUGCUACAAUUCGUGAAAGUCGUUGUGGACUUGCCACUUUCGUGAUCAUCCUCCUUUUGGUUUUUAUCACUGAAGUUGUGGUAGUGGUUCUGGGAUACAUCUACAGAGCAAAGGUGGAGGAUGAAGUUGAUCACAGCAUUCGGAAAGUGUACAAUGCAUACAAUGGGACAAACCCUGAUGCAGCCAGCCGUGCUAUUGAUUAUGUACAGAGACAGCUACGUUGCUGUGGGAUCCGCAACUCUUCAGACUGGGAAAAUACUGUCUGGUUCAAAGAAACUAAAAAUAACAGUGUACCCCUCAGCUGUUGCAAAGCAACUAUCAGCAACUGUACUGGUAGCUUGACCCGCCCAAUGGACCUUUAUUCUGAGGGUUGUGAGGCUUUGGUUGUAAAGAAGCUACAGGAGAUAAUGAUGUAUGUUAUCUGGGCAGCACUAGCAUUUGCUACCAUUCAGCUGCUGGGCAUGCUGUGUGCCUGUGUAGUGCUGUGUAGGAGGAGUCGGGACCCUGCUUAUGAACUUCUUAUCACUGGAGGAACCUACGCAUAGAAAAUCAUGCAAAAUCUAAGCUUGAAUCUCACUUAUUUCUUUGGAAGGUGAAUGGGCCAGGUCUACUGCAGUAGCUUUCCUGUCUGCGUAGACUUAGCUAAAGCACACCUUGCACAAAUAAGGACAGCUGUAAUGUACACUGGUGAUGGGCAAAGCAACUUGGCUUUCCACACACCCAUAUACUUACCUGUGAGUUUCACUAUUUUAGCCAGCUAUUCAUGUAUCUAAAUAUGUUUUAAUAUACUAGUAAACAUUCUACUUUCAGAACCAUUUGCAAGUUGAGUGUAAUUUGGUUGACAUGAAAAUUAAAGGAUGUGUACCUAAUUUGGUAGAUUACUUCUAAGCAUUAACUGACUGUUUCUUGCGUAGAGAGAGCGCGAAUCCUUUAAAUCUUUACUACGUGGAAUCUUUUUGGCCAAAGUUGUAUAAAGGAAGCCAGCUGUAUUUGAUGACAAUAUAUUAAUUCUUGCCCCUCACCAGUGUUGUUCUGAAAUGCCUAGGUGAAGUCCAAAUGUAAAAAUGACUACUAACCAAAAUAAUUUUAGAAUCACAUGACUGUACUUUGAUCUUAAAUUCAGAGAUCAAAUCUUCCAAAUGUUUAGUGUUUUAAAAUACAAGCUGGCUUUUCAGGAGUAUAAUGUAUGCACUACUGUUCUAUACUGAAUUAUUUCAUUUUUCUAUGAACCGCUGUUUUUUGUGUUGAAGUGAACUGUUACAUUGUAGAUCUUAAAUUUGCUUGGAAAUAAUGUAGCCAUGUAGAGUAGCAAAACAGUAUGUGAAAGUGAUUUAAACUGUAAAUAGUAAACCUGAUUAAAAUAAAAUCUCUGUACAUCUCCA